AUGGUGAUGUCGGCGUUGAAUCCGGCUGAGGUCCAUCUAAAAGUGUAUGUCGCAUCGAUUACAUCGAAUCCAGAGACGCGGAAAAACUGUCAAAAGACGGUGAUGCUAUUGGAGGGAUUGCAAGUGCCAUGCGAUCUCAUUGACAUCACAAAACCCGAACAUGCGCCAUCGAGGGUCCUACUGCGCGAGAAGGCACAAAACGAGCGUCAAAAAGCGCCGCUUCCGCCUCAAUUCUUCUACGAUGACGAGUACUUGGGGAACUUUAUUGAUUUCGAGGAAGCCGUCGAGUUGGACAAAAUCGCCGAGUUUUUACGUCUAAUCCCCGACGAGAAAUGGACGAAGAGCUUCAAAGGCUCUUCUGAGCAAGAAAACACGUCCGAUAACGGUGAAAACCCAAGAAAAUGCACUGCCUGGCAGAGCAGUGCGUCGACAUCGGAAGCGGAUGAGGAGAGCAUAGCCGAGGAGGAUGAAGAGGAAGAUGAAGAGGAUGAAGAGGAUGAAGAAGAAGGAGAAGAUGAAGAAGAAAAUGAAAUUGAUGGGGAAGAUGAGGAAGAAACAGGAGGAGAAGGAGUGGAUGAGGAAGAGCUUGAUGAAGAAGUUGAUGAAGAUGAAGAAGAAUGGGAAGAAGAAGAUGAAGAGGAACCGAAAGCUGAAGAAGUGGAAGACGAAUCAGAAUGGGAAUAUGAGGAUGAAUCGGAAUGGGAGGAUGAGGAAGAACCACCAAAAAUGUCCCUUGCACAAGCGAUUGCACAAACGAAAAAAGACGAGGAAAAGAAGUUGGAGUUGAAGAAAAAGGAAGAGGAAGAGAAGAAAAAGAAAGAAGUUGAAGAAAAGAAGAAAAAAGAAGAAAUGGAAAAGAAAAAGAAAGAAGAAGAGGAAAAGAAAAAGAAAGAAGUGGAGAAAAAGAAGAAAGAUGAGGAGGAGAAGAAAAAGAAAGAAGAAGAGGAGAAAAAGAAGAAAGAAGAAGAGAAGAAAAAGGAGGAAGAAGCUAAGAAGAAAGAGGAAGAAGUGGAAGAUGAAUCCGAAUGGGAAUAUGAGGAUGAAUCGGAAUGGGAAGAUGAGGAGGAAGAGGAGGGAGCUGGUGGAAAGCUGACUCUAGCACAAGCAAUCGCUUUAGCGCAAAAAGAAGAAGAGGAACGAUUGAAGAAAACGGGGAAACGG